UAUACAUUCAUGCAUGAAGCAACAAAAGCUCCGAAGAUAUCAUUCUACGACUACAUUGUCGUUGGUGGAGGUGCUGCCGGAAUACCGUUAGCCACCACGCUCUCUGAAAACUAUUCAGUUUUAUUGCUUGAACGUGGUGGCUCCCCUUAUGGAAAUCCCGACAUCUCCAAGGUGGAAAAUUUUGGCAACUAUUUCUUUGACCCAUCACCAGAUUCCCCAUCAGAACUAUUUAUGUCUGAGGAUGGUGUUGGAAAUGCACGUCCACGUGUCUUGGGUGGGGGUUCUUCAAUCAACGCGGGCUUUUACACUCGUGAUGAUACAAAUUUUUUAAAAGAGGCAAGAUUGUUGGAUGAGAAUUUGGUGAAUAGUUCUUAUGAAUUUGUGGAAAAGGUUAUGGUUUUUGAGCCUGUUGUAAAGGAGUGGCAGUCGGCAUGGAAAGGUGCAUUUACUGAAGCUGGAGUGACGCCAUACAAUGGAUUUACUUACGAUUAUGUCAAUGGGACUAAAGUUGGUGGUACAACAUUCGACCAAAAUGGGCAACGACAUACAGCAGCGGAUUUGCUGCAGUAUGCAAAUCCUUUACGAUUGUCUGUUUAUCUACAUGCAACUGUUGGAAAAAUCUUGUUUAAGACCAAAGGGAGAACAAGGCCGAUGGCUUACGCGGUAGUGUUUGAAGAUGCAUCCGGGAAUAGGCAUAGGGCAUACUUGAAAGGAGAUCAAAAUGAUGAAAUCAUACUAUCUGCGGGACCUCUUGGAAGCCCACAACUUUUGAUGUUGAGUGGCAUAGGUCCAAAAGAUCAACUUGAUGCCCAACAAAUCAAACUUGUGCUAAACCAACCCUCGGUUGGCCAAGGCAUGAAAGAUAACCCACUAAAUGCAAUAUUCAUCCCUUCUCCCAUCCCUGUUGAGCAAUCUGUAGUUCAAGUUAUAGGUAGUCUGGCUGGCAGCCAAAUUGAGCAAGUUAGUGGCAUUAAUUUUGUUCUUGGGAGCCCUUCUGACUAUCAAGGCUUUUCAUAUGAGAUGGGCGGAUUUGUAUUUCUGAAACUCGAUGGCCCCUUUUCUACAGGGGAGUUAAAGCUUCAAAGCCGUAAUCCAACCGACAUUCCAUCAGUAGAAUUCAACUAUUAUAAAGAUCCCAGAGACUUGAAACAAUGUGUGGAUGGUAUCAAUACCAUCCUAACAGCAAUUGGAUCAAGCGCAUUCUCAAAAUUCAAAUACCCGAAUAUGACGGUCCAAGAUAUUCUUGACCUUACUGUUAAACUUCCAACAUACUUACCAAUACAUGCUAAUACAAGUUUGUCUAUGGAACAAUUCUGCAAGGACACUGUAAGGACUAUAUGGCACUUUCAUGGUGGGUGUCAAAUUGGCAAAGUAGUUGAUGACGACUACAAGGUUAUUGGUGUGGAUACUCUCCGAGUCAUUGAUGGGUCGACACUACUUAGCGCUCCGGCUAAUCUGUUAAUGCUUGGAAGGUACAUGGGACAUACUAUACUAGCUCAAAGACUUGCAACUGAGAAAUAUGAAUCAGGAUCUUUUCAAGGUUAUGAUGUUGAUUGA